ACACCACGGCGCGCCAGAGCGGAGUGGCAUCAGAACAGACACUUUUCCUCCUUGUUUUUGUGGAAAUGCGCGUCCAGGACACGCGCAGACUCGGGCUGGGACUGGAUACGUGCGUCAGGAUGGACCCCGCGCUGCUUUUGCCGCUGAUUGCGUGAGGAGCACUUUGUUGGCCCGCGCUGCUGUGUUGCGUUUUUCCUCCGGAGGUGACUCUACUUGGAUAUUUCUUUAUUGUUUGGUUUUUAAAAGCGUUUGGCCCGGAUGACUGGACUCGGGUGCCACUGGAGACGCGGCUCUCCACGCGGGGAGACCUACGGUUAAAGUUUGAGGUGCGCAGAGGAGCUGCCCGCCUCCCUGUCCUGGAUUCCCUUUCUUGGAUUGAUUCUACUUGGAUUUAAACAGCUAUCACCGCCCUCAUCUGCACCAUGAAGACAGCCAGUAUGGACGGGGGGCGCCUCCUGAUUCUGGUGAUGUGGCUGAACCUCGUGCCUCAGACAGACAGCUGUCCUGCCAAGUGUGUGUGCUACAGCGAGCCCAAGCCCACCGUGGCCUGCCAACAACAAGGACUGUUGUUCAUCCCCACUGAGAUCCCUGUGCGCAGCCAACGGAUAUUCCUCCAAAGCAACAAGCUGACGGUGGUCCGAUCCACCAGCUUCAGCUCCUGCCAUAAUCUCACCGUCCUCUGGCUCUACUCUAAUAACAUAAGCUACAUCGACGAUGGGGCCUUUUAUGGCUUGGAAAAACUGGAGGAGCUGGACAUUGGGGACAACAGCAACCUCCGCACCAUCAGCCCCACGGCGUUCCGAGGCCUGACGAAGUUGCAUACGCUUCACUUGCAUAGGUGCGGUUUGUCAGAGCUCCCCGUUGGAGUUUUCCGUGGAAUGUUUUCCCUACAAUACCUUUACCUGCAGGACAACAACAUCCUCAGGCUGCAUGACGAUACUUUUCUGGACCUUGCCAAUCUCACGUAUCUGUACCUACACAAUAACAAGAUAAAGAUAGUUACAGAUAACAUGUUCCGUGGGCUAAUCAAUCUGGACCGACUGCUGCUACACCAGAAUCGUGUCAUUUAUGUUGAACCAAGGGCUUUUAGUGAUCUUGGUAAGCUGCAAACCCUCUAUUUGUUCUUCAACAACCUUACCGUCUUAACAGGAGAGACUAUGGAGCCUCUAGUUUCACUACAAUAUCUAAGACUGAACGGAAACCAGUGGAUUUGUGACUGCCGGGCAAGGACCUUGUGGGAAUGGUUCAAGCGGUUCAAAGGCUCCAGCUCGGAGUUGGAAUGUUACGUACCGGAAUACUUGGCACAAGAGGACCUGAAAACUUUAAAGAGCGAAGAUUUGGAGGGUUGUGUGAAGAAGUUUCAAAUCCAGACCGAUCUCUUCAGCACCAAAGUGCAGUCAGGAAAAUUCCCUAGUGAAAUUCCUAUUGGGGACACUAUUCCAAGGUGUUGUCUUGGAGAUAAUGACAAGUCAUCCAUCUUGUCUGGAAAAUCCCACCAUAACAACCCGGUGAAGGAUAAAGGGAACAUGUCAAAACCGAAAAUAGGGGAAUCCGAGCGAACAAAGAAUGAAUCUCAGCACAAACAAAAUGACGGACCGCUGGGAACGUUGUCCAACACGCUGGAAAACUCCUCCAACCUCAGCCCGGAGUUUAUAGACAAUCCAGAAUCCUCCACAGCGUCAAAUAAAAAGAAAAAGAAGUGUUUGAAAAAGCCCAAAUCAGACGCCCAGUGCAUCAAAGGCCAGGGUUCGUCUUUGCAAGUGCUGCGUUUCCUUUUCAUUCCCACCGUCUGGAUAUCUCUAGCCAUGUCUUAGGACUUUCUGAUCUCAUUGUGGACUCUGGACUAAGAUUGUUGAUGCUCACGACAAUGACACAGAAGAUGCAGUGACAUCUCCAGCAGACAGAGACUGAGAAAUAUCUGGAGUCUCACUGACCCAACACGGCCAAUGACACAAUAACAAGAUAGAGUUUAAUAAAUGGAUGCCUUUACAGAACACUACAGAACUAAUGUAUAUAAUGAUCGGUGCCCAAAAUUGUUUGUUCUCUAUGUACUUUAUUGUACCGUGUCUAAGCUACACUUCGGAGACUCCACCCUUUUUCCUUCUCAAAAGCUUUUACUGCUUAGACAGACCACUGGAUGAGUGAGAUAAAAAAUAAAAGAUAAAAACGUCAGGAAAUCCAGGCGAGAAAGCACACAAAUACUGCAGAAAGCACACAAGAAUGUUGGCUUUGUUUGAUGAUUCUAAAUGAUCUCCUCCCCAUUAUUUAAUCAAAGUGAUGCAUUUGUUGGGUAAUGUUAUGUUUUUUUAUGUUUUUGAAAGCAAAUGUUUUACCUCCCCAGUUUCAGUUCGAUUUUCAUGACAGAGGGUUCAAGGGUAGCAUUUCUGGAAAAUAAAUGCUGUCAGUUUGUUUAUGGAGAUUGCAAUGGAACCAUAGAUAUGCAUUUUAUUUUACUUGUGUACAAGUAUGAAUAUAUUAUGAAUAAAAGUUCUUAUUUCGU